GAGAGGGAGCGCCUCUCCCACCGCCGCGUUUGCGGCGCUCAUCAUAGGGACGACGACGGAGCGCCGCGCAGGGAUGUAAGAUGGCAGAGCUGCAAAUGUUGUUAGAGGACGAGAUCCCCGCCGGCAAAAGAGCCCUGGUGGAGAGCCAUCACAACCUCACCAGAGUAGCCGACUACUGCGAGAGCAACUAUGUCCAGGCGCAGGACAAGAGGAAGGCAUUGGAGGAGACUAAAGCGUACACCACCCAGUCUCUGGCCAGCGUGGCCUACCAGAUCAACGCCUUGGCCAACAAUGUUCUCCAGCUGCUGGAUAUCCAGGCGUCACAACUGCGCAGGAUGGAGUCCUCCAUAAACCAUAUAUCACAGACAGUGGACAUUCACAAAGAGAAAGUUGCCCGGCGAGAGAUUGGAAUUCUGACCACGAACAAGAACACAUCGAGGACCCAUAAGAUCAUUGCCCCAGCCAACAUGGAGAGGCCCGUGAGAUACAUCAGAAAACCCAUCGACUACAACGUGCUGGAUGACGUGGGCCACGGGUUGAAGUGGCUAAAAGCCAAGCAACAUGGGAACACCCAACUGAGCCGAGCAGGAACGCUUUCGAGGACCAACCCACCCACCCAGAAGCCCCCGAGUCCGCCCAUGGCUGGGCGUGGCACUCUUGGACGUAACACUCCAUAUAAAACUCUUGAGCCCGUCAAGCCUCCCACGGUGCCCAACGACUACAUGACCAGUCCUGCUCGCCUGGGCAGUCAGCACAGCCCAGGGCGCACGGCUUCACUCAACCAGAGGCCCAGAACCCACAGCGGGAGCAGUGGGGGUAGCGGUAGCCGGGAGAACAGCGGCGGCAGCAGUGUUGGUGUUCCCAUUGUCGUGCCAACCCCCUCCAUCCCUAACUCCGGCCCAGUCCCACUCAUGUUUGCCCCUCCACCCCCACCUCCUCCUCCACCCAUGGCCAUAGGGUCUGGCUCCGCCUCCGUCUCCCAGUUUGCCACGAUGUCACGCCACGCCUCCCGCCACAACUCCACCGUCUCGUCUGUCUCCACGGUGUCGGCCACGGGGACGUACCGCCGCGCGCCCUCGGUCUCCUCCCAGUUCCUGCCACAGCAGACGCACGUGAACGGGGCCGCCCCGGGUACCUAUGCGCAGAACUCAAUGUCUAUUGCCCCCCCGCCCCCGCCCAUGCCCCAGCUGAUUCCACAGAUACCCCUCACCGGCUUUGUGGCCAGGGUGCAGGAAAACAUCGCAGACACCCCGACUCUGCCCCCCCCUCCGCCCCUGGACGUCCCGCCCAUGUUUGAUGAUGCCCCGCCUCCUCCACCACCUCCACCAGUGGACUACGAGGAUGAGGACGCCGCGCUCGUGCACUACAACGACCCCUACGCCGAAGCCGACCCCCAGUGGGCUCCCAAAAACUACAUUGAGAAAGUGGUAGCCAUUUACGACUACGCCAAGGAUAAGGAUGACGAGCUGUCCUUCAUGGAGGGAGCCAUCAUCUACAUCGUGAAGAAGAACGACGACGGCUGGUUCGAGGGCGUGUGCAACGGCGUCACUGGCCUGUUUCCCGGCAACUAUGUAGAAUCGAUUAUUCACUACGCAGACUAAACACGGAAAUAAAACCGAGAGAUACCACGUCGCGGUAUAGUCGCGCAAGGCUGCGCUCAAAUGUCCGUUCCUGACGAAUGUUAAAAUAACGGGGGGGGGGGGGCGCGGAAUCGACAAUGUUUAUUUUGUAUGGGGGUGGCAGCGAGGGGUAAUUGUAAAUGGGGUAGAAGCUCUGUGGCAGAGGGGCUUCUGAAGAUGACGUCUGACGUAGUUGUUCUGUGUAGAUACGGUGAGCUUGAUCCUUCUCGUGCUCUUACGGUGAACGCCGUGGCGUCUUCAGCCCUGAGCUCGUAGUCUUGUGUGCUUUUGAAAACGGCCCCAACCAAACCCAGUCACACAACGCUGAUGGAUUUGGGACACAGAAUACAAGUCAGAUAUAAAAAAAACAAUCAUAAUUUGGUCUUUUGAUCUCGAGGCACAAAGUCUGAAAUGUAUUAGUUUUACUUCAAGCAUGCCUGCAAAUUUAGGAUAUGUAUUGUAACCUCAACAAGAAUUCCAUUAUGUUUUAAAUGUACAGUGAGCACUCAUUUUGUUUUUAUUUUUUUAUUUUUCCUUUUGGUCCGAGGUACUUGAAGGUAUUUCUGGACACUUUUAUAUUCUUUUAUCAUUCGAUAUAAAUUUCAUAUUUCCCCUAAGUUUGUAUGUGUAAUGGUGCGUCUCUCAUAGUUCUGUGCAGACACAUGAGGGAGUGCUUUGUUUGGAUAUUGAAUAACCUGCCAAGGUGUUUUGUUUUUUUGUUUUUUUCUUGUAGGCAUUUGCCAUGACGAACAAAUCGUAUUGUCUGUUGAUGGGCUUAAACAUGUAGACAGUAAUAGAUCUAAAAUACUUUACUUAGUAGUCAGUAUGCCAGUAAUGGAGCUUACCCACUGUUGCAUUAAAAAAAAAAAAAACACAGCACCUGUAGUUAUACUA